AUGGAUCAUCAAAAAACCAAAACUACAGACAAUGCUACAAAGAAACAAAUCAUUUCCAGUCAGCCAACCUACUUCAUAGUCCAUGCUACUGGACAAACACCUCUAUCAAAAUGUUCUCCUUUUCUGAUCCAGAAACUGUUUGAAUCUACAGUUGGAAAUUUGAAAAAAAUACAAAAAUUGAGGUCAGGAGAUCUGCUUCUAGAAACAACCUCACCUCAACAAUCUGCAAAACUUUUGGCAAUUAAGACACUUGGAGAUAUAGAGGUAACUGUCACCCCACAUGGAAGUCUAAACUCAUCACGUGGUGUGAUAUCAGAGAUCGAUCUGAUGUCUGAGGAUGAAUCAGAUAUUCAGAUCGGCCUUGCUGAUCAAGGUGUAACUGCCGUUCGACGCAUCUCCAUUCGUCGAGAUGGCAAGUUAAUUGCUACCAAACACUUAAUUUUAACGUUUAACAAAUCGACAUUGCCAUCUUUCAUUACUGCAGGAUAUCUGCGCUGUCCAGUCCGCCCCUACGUUCCAAAUCCGCUGCGCUGCUUCAAAUGCCAGCGGUUUGGACAUUCACAGACAUCCUGCCGAGGCAAAAGCGUAUGCGCACAGUGUGGGAGUGAAGACCACGUUAGUACUGAAUGUAAAAGUACCCCAUGCUGUGUGAACUGUAGAGACACCCAUCCUUCCUACUCUCGGAAAUGCCCUGCAUGGCAGAGAGAAAAAGAGGUUCAACGAUUAAAAACCAUAAAUAAUAUAUCAUACACAGAGGCCCGUCGUAUGGUCACCCAAAGUUUACCAACAAAACAAAAAACCUUUGCUGCUGUGUUGAAAUCUACCAAGACAUGUGGGGUUCAAACAGAUAUUUCUGUAUCCCCAAGUGAAUCUCUUACUCGCCAUGCAAAAUGCUUAUUGAUCCCAUCUGCACAAUCAGAAGAAAAGGAGAACACAAAGACCAAAACCUCUGUAACUAAAAUGGGAGUAACAACCAGAAAUGUGGGUUCUAAAAAAGCCAACAAGAACCCACUUAACAAACAAAGAGUGAAAGCAGCCCUCUCUAAAGUCUCAAAAAAAUCAGAAGCUCAAUCUAUGAGUGAGUUUUCUGACAUAUCUGAUGAAGAGCCUUAUAUGGAGGUUUCAAAACCAAAGUCACCUCCAAAAGAGAAACCGCCUGUUAAAUUAAAGAGGGAUACCCUCGCAAAGAAUGCUGCCUCAAACACAUAA